AUGGCCAAACCGCCGGAGUCACCGCCGACAGAUGCCAACGAGUAUUCACCGGCCAAUACUCUCGUUCUAUUCGAGCGCCCGGUCCCGUUGCUCCGAGGACCAAUCCGGACCGACCCGAAGGACGACCCAAGCGCCGGCCAAUUCACUCUGGCAUUCAAACACCCACUUUCAUGGGCAUCCGCUUACCGCGCCUGCGAGAACCAAAUCAUUCAACAAUGCGAGGCCGGAGCCAGAAUCGGCUGCUCCGUCGCCGCUUCCCAGAGAUGCCAACCCCCCUGGUGGAAAUUCCUCUUCGGGAAGCAGGAUUUCACCGAGAGGCAAAAAUGCGAAGAACGAGAAAUGGAGGAUUGCCUUAGCGAGGCCAAGGAGAGAUGCUCCGGUUACGCGAAGGAGAAGUGUUCGCGGGCGUUUCUCGAUGCGAGGGUUGCCGUCAAAGCUUCGGAAAAUCCAAACUUGAACUGGAGAGAAGCGUCGAAGUUAAUAUCUUGUGUAAACUUAGCGGAGAAGAAUUUGGGAGCUGAUUUAUUGCGAUUACAGAAGCCAUGGGUUGGGUUCAAGACUCAAUUUGAAGUGACUUGUUGCAGAGGCAGGGAUUUAUUGGGUUCUGAUUCUGCAAAUAUUGAUGAUUUUUUGAAAACCCAAUUCCAGAUAUAG